CGGCCGUGCCCGCCCCUUCCCGUCGUGCUUGCGCGGGCGCCAUGGAGCGGGCGGCGGUGCUGCGCGUCAAGCGGAAGCGCGGCGGGACGGAGCCGGCCGAGGCGCUGCUCCUCGCCUGCAAGCGGCUGCGCACGGAGUGUGGCGGUGCCCAGCCGGUGGAGAGGAGCCUCUUCAAGCUUGUGGCGACCGUGUCCUCCAAGAACGAACCAGUUCAGAAAUACAUUCAAGGAGCGAUCACUCAAGACAAAGCAGCUCAAAGUCUGCGACCCUCUUUAGGAAGCACUCAGCGAAUCAUUCAGGAACUCCGUUCUUACAAGCAAGUGAAAAGGAAGGAAAACCGUUAUCGUGUAAUAGCCAGCCAUCGACCUAACUGUACUGAAACAGUUGCACCUGGCAUAAAUGGCGAGGCAUCGAUUGAUGGUGACGGAUCAGACUCUGAAGCAAUGGAAAAUGCUUCACAAAAGGAGAGCGGUGCUGUCGAUAAGAGUUCGGACUGCUGUGGGAAAUUCCAGUUGUUUGAUAUUGAACAAGAGGAGGAGGUGGAAGACUCCAGCGUAACUGCUGCAAACCCACAGCAGACAACUGAUCCAGAUGUGAUUCUUUGCAAUGCAGUAGAGAUGAUCCGUGAGCGUUUAAAUGUUUCUGAAGAUGGUAAAAAAGUAGAACACUGUGAGAAAGAAGAUGACUAUGUUUAUGACAUCUACUAUAUGGAAACAUCAGCCCCUGGUUGGAUCCAAAAUAUCCUUUAUGUACAGCCCUAUAGAGAAGAAUAUGAACUGGUAGAUGAUGAUCAUGUUCCAGGGGAAAUAUAUGAAGAUGAAGAUGAUGAAAAUGAUGAGAAUAACUGGCGUAAUGAUUAUCCCGAUGAAGAUGAAUUCUUACCUGAGGAAGAUGGUGAUGGAGAAAAAGACUCUGAAGAGAGCUUCAGCGAUGAGGACCAAUGUUACAGGAGAAGAACAUGGAACAAAUACCGACAGGAGGUUCUACAAGAAUUUGGAUACGAUGAGAUCCAGGAUUUGGAUUCUGACUGACAGCCCUUUUUUGAAGAUGAAAUGCAUACUGAAGAUGAAAUUCUACUCUUGCAGUAGAACUGCAAAUCCAGACAGCUGCUGAUGGCUGCUGCACUUAAAACAAAAACCCACGAAAAACACACCACACCAAAACCCUGGAAAACCACUUUCCGGUAAAAGUUGGGACAUUGGGACAGUAGGAAACUGAUCUACACAUGAAUGAGCUUUAAGCUAAAUUCUUGCCAGUCUGGCCUUCUGAAACUGAUGGUGACUAGCAUGAUUCACCCUCAUGCUUACUGACUAGGCUUGACUAUUAGAUACUAGAUUGGAAUUCCAGUAAAUGCUAAAACGUUUUGCUAUCUGAGCAGCCAACUUCAGCUGGUAGACAGUAAACAGAUUAGUGUGAAUAUGGCCACUUGGCGCUACAAAUUUUUGUUCCAAGCAAAAGAUACUGUAUGCUUUAAAAUAAAUUUUUCUGCCUGUUCUGUGAUGCUGAGGUUCCAAAGGAAGUUGUUUUUUUUUUUAAAGCUGCAUGCCCAAGCAUUUGUACCUGUACUGACAAUACCUCCACAGUAUACAUGGAGGUAGUUGGCAGCAGCCCUUCUUGUCAUGACUAAUGUGUUGGGUUUCACAAGAAGAUCAACAUGUCUGCUGUGAUGGCAAGUGGAAGUCCUGGAAGAAGACACUCUGUCCUAGUGCUUUAUGCUGUAUUUGUUCUUAAGCUUGAAGUUACCUUCAUACGUGUUUGAGCAUAUGAAAUGCCUUGACCUGUCCAUUUUAUUGCUGGAUCUUUAUCCAGUAAUUUUACUCUGGUAAAAAUUAAAUUGUAAAUAAAGAAUUUUUGACUAA